CCAGUCCACCAGCACCACCACUUGCUCCAUUCUCUCUCUAAACCAUCUCCAUCCCUAUCAAUAAUUCUUCCUCUUGCAUGCGCCCUCUUGUCGCGUAGUUCUUGGGACAGAACCUUCUACCUUCCAUUAUUCAUCCCCGUUCUCUCUCCAUCCUCUCUCUCUCACCUCUUUUAUUCUCCUCUUCCAGUUUCCCAUUCAAUUUUGUGCAUCAUGGUUGCCAAGCUAGAUUCUGGCACGGCCGCCGCGCAGCAGAACGCCGGCUCGCCACCACUCAACUGCCCCCGCUGCGAUUCCACCAACACAAAAUUCUGCUACUAUAACAACUAUAGCCUCGCGCAGCCGCGCCACUUCUGCAAGUCCUGCAAGAGAUACUGGACCCGCGGUGGCACCCUCCGCAACGUUCCUGUUGGCGGCGGCUGCCGGAAGAACAAGAGAACGAAGAAAUCCCACCGAUCCGCCCCCUCCAUCACCGCGGCUGCACCAUCUCUUCCACCACCUCCAGUUAUUCAUAGCCCAGCCACAGAUCUCAGCUCGUUGCUCUAUGGAUUUCCACAGAUGAUGAAUUCCUCAACGGUCUUCUUCCCCAAGUUCGAGCUCGAUGCACAGUUUGCUGGCUAUGAAGAAAACUUCCAGUCGUGCCUUAGCGCUGCCAAUAUUGUGGAUCUACAGAAGUCGGCGGCAGCACCGGCGGAUUUUCUUGGAGAUUACUCGCUAUUGAAUUCUCAUAUUCCUUCUUCUUCAUCUCCGAUGGCUGCAGAGGCCUACCAGCCAUUGCUUUCCUAUGAUGAUAUCAACAUGGGAACUGAGAACAACACUUCAAAUAGAUCGAUAAAUAAUUGGCAAGAUACGAAGGGGAAUCCAUUGGAAGCCACAAACUCCUUUGCGGCCUCUGGCGGCAGUGGGGCCGUUGCUCAGACCCCCUAUCUCUACUGGAAUCAAGCGAUGUGCAGCGGCUGGCCAGAAUCCAGCUCGUCGGUGGCUCCUCUUAUCUAAUUAGCAAAAGCUAGCUAAUUGUUUCGUCAACGUAUUUUCAAGCAUGGGUCGUCUAAUCAAUUUGGUGCUUUAUUUUGUUCAUCUAUUUUCUUAUCCUGUUCUUGGUUCCCGUAAAAAAACUACAUAAACUGAUCAGAUCAUGGAUCGGAGAGAUCAUGUCGGUUGCAGAGGUCUCAAUGGCGUCUCGUGCUGUUUUUGAGUCAUUGCGGCGUCGAGAAGGAUCGAUUUGCUCCGAGAGGAACCUCGGAUCCUUUCCAUCAUCUUAUUACAUUAAAAAUUAUUGAUUUUCUCCAGCUCAAGCUUUCGAAAUUUGGAGAUUGGAAGGAAAAGAAUUUAGAUGGAGGGUGACUAUUUACUUGUUAAUUAGUAAGUUUGUUUGUUAGUUAUGUGUACAUACCAAGCCAUAGCCAUGGUUACAUAUCUUCAUGCUCUUUUUCUCCUUCUUCUGGAUUGGUUCUAAAUUAACAGUUCGGUUUCUUGGAUCAAUCUCCAAUUCUCCAUAUUUGAGAUCCAACUCCAGGAAGUAAUUUGAUUUUUCCUUCUGUUUCUCCUUUAAUUCGAUCUUAGAUUAUUGAUCAUGGUUAAAAACGCUAAGAUUAAGAGAGAGGAAUGACAAAGAUGACUAAUGAGCUGCGUAUUUCAGUCCUCUAUGUGUGUAAUAUAUUAAUUUUCAUGAAACAAUUAAUUUGCUUAUAAACUUUUUCACUUCAGAAUUUUUAUA